UCUUAUGCUACCAUAGGAUCUGCUUGGAGAAACUUCUUCAAUCAUCAAUGGAAAAGGCGUGUUGAACCUAAUCACGUGAUCAAUAUUGACAUGGUAUAAAGGACCGGAGGGGCCAAAGAGUGCCGCACAGUGACCCACUAAAAAGUUCAGGUGACUGGGUGCAGCUACCAUUUUGACCAAGUGUACAUAAUCAUUUCUACAUCUCUUGAGGCCAAAAGACUAAAAAAUGUCGAUCCUAAAGGGCUUCGUGGUCGCCCUUCGAUUCGGUAUGCUGAUGCUCUUUUCGCUGAUCGCUGGACUAGUCAACCUCGUGAGUUUUAUUUUCCCGCCCGCCAAGAAGUCCGUCUCGGGCGAGAUCGCGCUGAUCACCGGGGCGGGCAGCGGGCUCGGCCGCGGCAUGGCGCUCAGCUUCGCCCGCCUGGGGGCCACCAUCGUCGCCUGGGACAUCAACGAGGAGGCGAACGAGGCGACUGUGCAGAUGAUUCGGCAGGAAGGAGGGAAGGCGUUCGGCUUCGUGUGCGACUGUAGCAAGAGGGACGACAUCUACAGGGUCGCGCAGCAGGUGAAGACUAGCGUGGGUCACGUGACCAUCCUGAUCAACAACGCUGGGAUCGUGACGGGCCGGAAGUUUCUGGACUGCCCUGAUGACCUCAUCCAGAAAACCAUGGACAUCAACACCAACGCACACUUCUGGACCACAAAAGCGUUCCUGCCCCAUAUGAUGGAACAGAACCACGGACACCUGGUCAGCAUCGCGUCCUCUGCGGGUCUGAUGGGGGUUGCCGGUCUGUCGGACUACUGUGCCAGCAAGUUCGGCGCCGUGGGGUUCGCCGAGUCCAUCAGGUCUGAGCUGAGGAUCCAAGGGAAGAGCGGAGUUCACGUGACCUGCGUGUGUCCCACCUUUAUCAACACGGGCAUGUUCACUGGGAGCAAACUCAAGAACGUCGCCAUGUUGGAGGCUGAUGACGUAGUGAGGGAGAUUGUUGCGGCGGUGCAGAGGAACCAGUUCAUGCUGGUGAUUCCGCGGGACACCGCCGUCUUCAUCAACCUCAAGGGGUAAGAAAACAAACAAACA